AUGGCACCAAAAGAGCUGGGCGAGGCAUUGGCCAAGAAGGGAGGGCUUACGCUCUCUCAGCUUGCCAGCUACGAUGAUCUAAUCACAGACGCUUUGAUAGACCAUGUCUACUACUGGACCACGAUCCGCAAGAACCGCGCACGCUACUCCUCAUGUCGUGGCGUGCGCGAAGAAGAGAUCGCGCGGAUCCUCCAAAACUCCGUCAUAAUAGCUAAAGACCCCGCGGAAGCCGUACAACAGCUUCUGCAAACCGCCGGACUCCGAAAGUACCACGAGCGCCUGGCGACAGACGACGAGAGGGAGCACUUCGUGCGCCACCUGCGAAAGUACGUGAAUAUCUACAUGCUGGACUGCCCGUGGGAAGUCACCACCACGAACCGGUACACUAUUUCCACGCCCGAGGCGUCAGUGACCGCGCGCAAGGAGAUCAGGAAGGGUGAAGUGGUGAAAUAUCUCAGUGGGAUCCAGGUCGCGAUGACGAAAGAGGAGGAGCUGAAUCUUGAUCUGACGCGACGCGACUUCAGCAUCGUCAUGUCAAGCCGGAAGAAGACGCCGUCGUUGUUCCUGGGACCCGCGCGCUUCGCUAAUCAUGAUUGCGACGCUAAUGCGAGGCUGUCGACGAAGGGGCCGCAUGGGAUGCAGAUCGUGAGCACGAAGAAUAUUGAAGUUGGUGAUGAAAUCACAGUCACGUAUGGUGAAGAUUACUUUGGCGAGGACAAUUGCGAAUGUCUCUGCGCUACAUGUGAGAAAGAGCUACGGAACGGGUGGGGCGCCGAAGCCGGCGAGAGCGCUGUGGAAGACGAAGUCAUUGAGCAGCCAGCAGACGGUCCGUACGCUUUCCGGAAGAAGCGGAAAUAUGUCGUGGAUUCUGAAUGUCAGUCUCGUGCUGAGACGCCGGUUGUCGCUCAAGCAAGCCCGCCGAAAAAGAGAAGGCUGGAAGAUCCUCAGCCCGCUUUGAACACCGCAUCACCCGCGAGGAAAUGGCGUCCAGGUGGCCCCGGCCGGCCCCCAAAAGAUUGGAAGGAGCUCAGCCAGUUACGCCACGAAGUGCCUUCUGUCACUGUAGAGCAUGAGAAGCCCGAGGGAAAACUACCCAGUAUACCCAGGCGCUUACUGCGCCGCAGCAUCCACGACGACGGCAUGCUAGGUGCUCAUUACCCAGAUGAUUCAGGCUAUGGGUCAAGUUCGCCCGCGUCGUCCACCGCCGAUGCGUCAAAUUCAUUCCAGAUCACCACUGCGAUUUCCAGAGCCGAGGAACCACUAGUCACCGAAGAGGUAAUAAAGACUGAGGUCGUCGAAAUAGUGGACAGCAUUCCGGCCUGCACGUCCGCCAGCCAUGCCACCACACUGAAUAUCCCAACAACAACAACUACCACAGCCCCAGCGGCCGCGGACACCGAAUCCGAGCUCUCCGAACUCGACUCAAACUAUGAUCUCGACCCAGCAACCCGUACCAUAAUCCCGCGGCCCCCACGCGCCCCCUCGCCCAAACAAACCCGCUCGCGCUCGCGCACCUCGCACAGCAACCCCCCGCCCAUCCCCACCACCGAACCCAGCACCAGCACCCUCGACCCCUCCGCCCGCCGCCCAGGCGACUACACUCUAACGCCCACCCUCCUGUGCCAAAGAUACAGCCGCUGGGUGCGGUGCCAGACGUGCGACGCCGACUUCGUGCAAGAAGACGCAUACCUGACGCACCGCGAGUGUCCGCGCUGCGAGCGGCAUAGCAAGCUGUAUGGGUAUGCGUGGCCGAAGACGGAGAGGGAGGGGAAGGGGGAUCGGGAGGAGAGGGUGCUGGAUCAUAGGGUUGUGCAUCGGUUUGUGGAACCGGCGGAGGAGCGGGGGAUUAGGAAGGGGGGGAGACGGAGCUUGUUGAGGGAGGGGAGUGGGAGGGAGAGUGUGGUGAGGGAGAGGACGGGGAGUGUGACGCUGGCGUCGCCGAGGAGGGGGGAAAAUAAGAGGAAGACGAUGUAG